CUGGCUUCGCUUAGUCACGAAUUCAUCAUUCAGGACUGAAGCUCUGGCGGCAGGACCUUGCUUGAAAGCCGCGGAACGGACUGUCUACAACAACAGCAACGGAGAAAAUACAAUGACAGAGAAAGUGAGGAAGCAAUAGAGAACGAGAGACGAUCAGUAGUAAAAUUCAAUCUGUCGCUGCCAUGAACGAUCGACCAACACCGCCCCUGAGUCCACUUGGCUAUGAACAGCAGCAGCAGCAGCAGUAUGGAAUGUGGCCUCAGCAGCAGCAGUAUCAGGCACAGCCACAGCAGCAGCAACCAGGCUACGGUGCUGAUCCUUCGUCGGAAUCCGGCAUGGGGAAUCCCUUUCCCAUGAACGCAGGAAUGUACAUGAAUGGCCAUCAUCAGCAACAGAAUCCCCAGCCAUCAUAUGCCAUGGCCCCUGCAGCAGACGACGGCUAUGACGGUGAAAACUCGCUUUACGCGAACACAGCCAUGGAGAAUUCCUAUGCAGGCGUGACGCAACAGCAGGAGCAACAACAACCAUAUGAGACUCAUCACCAGAACACUGAUACUGGUUCAGGCAUGCAUAGCCAUGGUGGUUCUGCCUACUAUGACACGUCGGCGAGUCAAUACGGCUCUGGGGCACCAAGUCACAACUUUGGCGAACAUCAUGAGAUUGCUCCAGGAGGAGACAACCACAACAACACCGAGCUCAAUCCUCAUUCCUAUCAGCCGCCACAACAGAGUCUUCCUUCUGAAGCUUUCUCUCAUCAGCAGCAGCCACAACAGAACCACUCUCCUGAAGAUUACUCUCAUCAUCAGCAGUCGAAUCAGCAGAGGCCUACUGAGGAUUUUUCUUAUCACCAACAACAGAACAACCAACAGUCACAGUAUAACAGUCCUCACGAGGCAUACCAGCAGUCUCAUCACCAGAGCAAUCCGGAAUCUUAUUCUUAUCAGCAUCAACAGAACCCUUCUGAGCACGAACAUCAACAGCAACAGAACCCUCAGAAUAGCAGUCCUCCUGAUGCUUACCCCUAUCAUCACCAGAGCGCGUCUCAAACCUUGCCUCAGACUCAUCACACACCUCCGGAAGAAAACAACGAAAAUACGGCCAACACUGUCAGUUUAACGUCCACGCCUCUCUCUGCCGAAGUUGACACUAGUAGUAAAUUGCCACCCUCAGCUGCUGCCCUCCCCAACAAAAACGAUGACGACGACGACGACGACGAUGUCAUUGAGUUACUUUCCGAUGGCGACGAUGACGACCAUGAUACGAGCCAGAAUUCGGCAUCAGCUCCCAAACGACCCCGUCUUGAAAUUCCAGUGGUGGCGUCGUCGGCGGCAGGAGCUGUAGCAUCCUAUCAAGCACGAACAGCGGCCCUACAAAACCUCGUCAGGGGAAAUCCCAUAAACCCAGGAAACACACUAUCGGGAAUGGGAAUGCAGCAGUAUCAACAACAAUACGCAGCGGCCGCAUUUGCGGCUUCUCAAUCUCCUCUUUUUGCCAACAGCAACAACAAUGGUAUGGCCAAUUCUGGCGCCUUGACCAAUGCCAUUUCGUACGGAGCAAGCCUGGAAUUUGACAAACCACAAUUUGUAGAGUUACCGUCGGAUUUUGUACCAACAUGGAACACUCUCGUUCCCAACAGUUUGGUCAAACCACCCAAGCGUCGCAACAAAAAGGCAUACGAACUCUCCUUGAUCAACUUGUCCGAAUUCACAAUUACCGGGUUGCCUCUCUACUAUCAAGGACCACCAACACCCAUUUCGGGGCUUCGAGCUGUCAUUAAACGCAUUUCUAGGGAACACGGAACUGCCACCUUUGAACGAGAAAGAGAUGGAUCGGGAGGAGGACGGUGGAAGAUUCCUCUGGCGGCGUAUCAACCCCUUGUGAGCUAUAUCCGGUCCGAUCCUGACGUGAUAGAGUUGAAGGUCAUUCCACCCCAAAUGUUGAAGGUUGCUACCUUGGGACAAGCUCGUCAGGCAAAGGGUUUCCCCACGGCCGAGUUGCUCUUGAUUCGUGGAGUUCCGUGGGCUCUGGCCAAAACCUUGGCUCCCUUUCAGCGGGGAGGAGUCGAGUUUGUUUUGGAUCGAGGUGGUCGAGCUCUGGUCGCCGAUGAAAUGGGUUUGGGAAAAACGAUUCAGUCUAUUGCCAGCAUGGCGGUCUAUCAUCAGGAAUGGCCUCUGUUGGUUUUGACUCCGAGUGGGGCACGGUAUCACUGGGAAAGCGAGUUUCGCAACUGGCUGGGGGUAAACGGGGCGGCUUCGAAAAAACUAGAUGAGUUUUCCAAGUUUGAUGAAGAAACAGCGCCCUUGUCAGAGGAAGCUGCAUCAGCUGCAGGUCACAGCUUUCCUUUGCUCAGGGAUUCACAAAUCCACGUGCUUACAUCGUCAAAAGGGGAAGUAAUCCCCAACCGCGACACCCGCAUUGUCAUUUGCUCCUAUGGAUUGGCCCCAUUGCUGGCAGAAAACAAUGGUAUCACUCCAGGAAUGUUCAAGUGUGCAAUUGCCGACGAAUCUCACAUGCUGAAGAACUCGAGGUCCAAGAGAACACAGUUUUUACUGCCCGUGUUGAAGAAUUGCAGCCGUUGCAUUCUUCUUUCCGGUACUCCGGCACUGUCAAAACCGGCGGAGCUUUGGCCUCAGUUGGAGAUUCUGAACAAAGACAAGCACGGAUUUUGGGAAAGCGAAGGCGAAUUCAUGGACAAAUACGUGAAGAACGGCAAUUCUGCGCGGAGAGCGGAACUGCACGCGAUGCUCACUGGCACGUUGAUGGUUCGACGCCUGAAGGAUGACAUCCUCAAAGAUAUGCCACGAAAAGCACGAGAAAAGGCCAUAAUCUCUGUAAUGACUCCCGAAAUGAAGACGAAGAUGCAAGAAUGCAUGGUUCUUCUUCGUGAAGGAAAAGGUGUCAUGGGGAAGCUUGCUCGGCAGCAUUCUGCAAUCGUCCCUCACGACGACCAAGAGGGUGUUGCCGAGACACCUCCACAUGCGCAUGCACCUGCAAAUGCACCUGCAAAGCCCACAACAGAGUCUGACCGACAGUCCUUCCAACUGCUUUUGUCCCAUCAGCGCAUGCCAAAAGCAGGUACCGAUGCGGAAGCACAGCUGGAACAUGAGAUGUUGAAUCAGUUCCAUGGACAGAUGCAAACUCUUCGGUAUACCAUACAGCAGAACGGCCACAAUCUUGGCAUGCCCGAGGCGCAAUCUUUCAUGGAGCAGCAACGGGACCGGAUCUUUGGUGAGCUGGCGACUCUAUAUUUUGAACGAUUGCAAGGAAUUCGCGGCGCUUCCGACAGAGUCGCGAAUGGAUCCAACGGAGAGAAAGCCGAGGAGGAGACGCCAACUCGUGCUACCGUUCUGAAUCAAAUGUAUCGUCUCACGGGUGAAUGUAAGAUUCCUGCCGUUGUGAGGUUUGUUAAUAAAUGGCUCGGCGACAGGACAAAGGGGAAAAUCUGCAUCUUCGCACACCACAUCUUCAUGCUCGACGCCAUCGCGAAGGAAUGUGGGUUGUCAAACAGUGGGGCGAAGGACGCGGUGAAGUUCAUUCGCAUUGACGGCAAGACCAAUCCAAAAUUCAGACAAGAGCAAAUUGAUGCAUUUCAAAACGACCCUUCCGUUCGCGUUGCGUUAUUGGGCAUUACCGCUGCUGGGGUGGCCGUAACCCUGACCGCAUCGUCGCAGGUUAUCUUUACGGAACUGUUUUGGACACCCGCUAUCAUGAUUCAAGCCGAGGAUCGGUGCCAUCGAAUUGGCCAACGAGCAAGGGUGCAUUGCAAAUACUUGGUUGCCAAAGGAACGCUGGAUGAUAUUCUGUGGCGCCUGGUAGAAAAGAAGUUCGCUGAACUCGGUGAGUUUGUCGAAGGAAAAGAAAAGUUGAAAAUGACUGUGCACAGGGUAUUCAAGGACGAAGCAGACCUCCACAGCAUCUUUGACCACGAAGAAGACGACGAUGACGACGACGAUUUGCUGGAACCCGAGCAAGUCGAAAGUUCAGAGCCUGACGUUUUGCCACUGGAUAGCAGUCUCGAGCACGACAUCGAGGAGUUCGGGAGGGAGGAGCAGGCGAUGCUUCUCUCUGCAAACGGAGACGACGAUGAUGAACCCGACACUGUGCCGGGUGCCCAAUCCCUCUUACCAGCAGCCCCAGUAGCGGGCCCAGGCGCUUCCCAAGAGGACGCAAUUGCACUCUCUGACUCCGACGAGGAGGACGAACCACAAUCUGCCAGGGCUGUAGACCUCGAAAACAAUCCUUCGUAUUUCAAUGUCGCAGGAACACUGCCCUCUUGCCGAAUCUACAGGAUGCUUCUUAAUGGCUCCACGCUUGGGGUUGAAAUUGCCAUUUAUCAACGUCGAAUUGUUGUGUCGAGGAAGCUAAAAUCUCGUGUUCGACGCCUUGGGGAGGAUUGCAAGCCUGACGUUGGGGAUGUCUUGGUGGCUGUCGACACGGCCGUAAUGCCCUAUGUGAGCAAUCUGGACACUACACUGAAGUAUAUCAAAGGCGUACUUGAUCGGCCGAAACCCUCUCUACUGUAUUUUGCCGAGGAUGCCCAGUUCAAACAACACUACAUCAGCGUGCACCCUCCCCAAAGGAAGAAGUCAAAACCUCAGCCGGCGCCUGUAGAUCAAGUUGUGGAACUACUGGAUGACGAUUGAGCAGUACCAGUAUAAGAAAAUAUGCAACAUUAUUCUCAUUAUUCUCGAUAUUACUUUUCUAUAGAAUGUAUUUGUCCAGCCACGGCACUACAACAGCAGC